GAAAUUAUGUCGCACCUUUGCAGAAAAAAAUCUGAAGCCUAUAGCUGGAGAUCUAGAUAGAAAUAACAAAACAAAUUCAGCACCUUGGAAAAUUGGGGCUUAUGGCAAUAAACGUAGAUCCAGACUAUGGAGGUUCAGGUUUAGACACCUUGUCUAUUUCAUUAGCUGUUGAAGAAAUUGCAAGAGGAUGCGGAGGAACUGGUGCAAUAGUUUCAAUCCACAAUUGUUUGUACGCCUGUCUCUUGAAUAGACUCGGGACCACAAAACAGAAAGAACAAUUUCUACGACCUUGUACAAGUGGAAAUAUAGGUGCUUUUGCUCUGAGUGAAUCAGAGGCUGGCAGUGAUGUAGCAGCCCUAUCAACUACAGCAACAAAGGAUGGAGACCAUUGGCUUUUAAAUGGAAUGAAAGCAUGGGUGACUUCAGCAUAUGAAGCUAAGGCUGCAGUGAUAUUUGCCACAGUUGACAAAACUUUACAACAUAAAGGCAUCACGGCAUUCCUGGUCCCAAUGGACGCCGAGGGGCUUUGCGUUCUUCGGAAAGAAGUAAAGCUAGGAAUAAAGGCAAGUAGCACAUGCAGCUUAAGCCUGGAAAAUGUGCGCGUACCGGACUGGUGUGUGAUAGGCGAGCCCAUGUCAGGAUUUCGCAUGGCUAUGGAGCAACUUGAUUUGGCACGAAUUGGAAUCGCAUCGCAAGCAUUAGGUAUAGCACGAGCUUCUUUGGAUUCAGCAGUUGAAUACGCCUCAAAACGAAAAGCAUUUGGAACUUAUUUGAUAGACAUGCCUGCCGUAAAAGGACACAUAGCAGAUGUAGCUUUACGACACGAGUCAGCACGGUUGCUAACUUGGAAAGCAGCCUCUAUGAAGGAUGCAUGCGAACGAACAACAAAAUACAGUUCUAUGGCUAAAAUCGCAGCUAGCCAAUGCGCGACAUUCGCAGCACAUACUGCUAUGCAAAUAAUGGGCGGGAUGGGAUAUGUGAACGAUAUGCCAGCUGAAAGGCACUAUAGAGAUGCACGAAUCACUGAAAUUUACGGUGGGGUUACAGAUAUCCAGAAGCUGGUGAUUGCGGAUCAAGUCAUACGCGAAUAUGGGCUAUGA